AUGCUCUUGACUCAUCAAUUCGCAACCACCGCUUCGACCUCCAUGUCGUCAGCGUGGCGGCGCUCGGUGAGGCGCCGCGCGCCCGUGAGCGACCGGGAGGUGGGCCGGCGGGAGCUGGGUCGUAGGGUGGAGGAGCUGGAGGAGGCGGUCGAGGGGCUUCGUGGGGAGAAGAAUGCGGCGGAGACAGACGAAGCGGCGCUGUGCGCUGAGCUGAACGCGGAGCGCGGUGCGGCGGAGUCCGCGGCGCGCGAGACCAUGUUGAUGAUCGAGCGGCUGCAGCGGGAGAAGGCGGCCGCUCUCCUGGAAGCGCGUCAGUUCCGCCGACUGGCCGAGGGACGCGUCGAGCGCGACCGGCAGCUCCACAACGAGCUCGCGUCGCUAUCAGCCCUCGCCGGCGGUUACCUCGCCCUCCUUCACGCCCACGGCAUCCGCCCCGCCGACGAGAACUGUUACCACGAGGAGGAGCGUCCCGGGGAACACAUCGAACCGGAGGUCUACAGGGAGAGUAGCGGCGCCGGCGGCGAGAGUGGCAUGAAUGUCAUGGUGAUCAAGAAGUCGGUCCCGCCGCCUCCUGCGGAGGAGUUGGAGUACACGAAAGACAUGGGGUGCGCGGCCGCGACGAAGGCUGUGGCUGUGGAGUACACGGAAGAGGAGCGCGUGGAUGGUGCUCUGGAGCUGUACGCGAGGGUGGAGGCGCUGGAGGCGGACAGGGCGGCCACGCGGAGGGGGGUGGCGGCGCUGCGAGCCGAGCCAGCGCGAGUGGUGCUAGCAAGGGAGAUGGCACGGCGCCUGUGCCGUGAAUCCGCGGCCGUCACGAUGGUGCAGAAGCCGCGUUUCUCCGUGGUCGCCAUUUGCAAGGUACUUACUUACUAG